GAAAUAUUUCCGGGUGAACGUGAGCCGGUUAGAUGGCAACUUCCAAGAAUGAAGGUGGUAGUGGUGGAGGGAAGAUGAGCGGCGAAACGGAGUCUGUUUUGCGCUGGUGUCAGGAGGAGCUAGUUCGCAAGUUCAGCCUGGAAGUGAAUGAGGAGUUGAUUCGGUAUAUCUUGUCAAUUGAGAGUGCGGAGGAAAUUGAAGAUUAUGUUGCUGACUUGAUUCAGGGGACUGAAGGGAAGAAACGUAUUUUCAUUGAUGAGCUUCUAAAGAGGUGGAAGAAAUCACAAGAGUUACUUGCUGCUGGACAAGUGCAGUUAUACAGAAAAAAAGAUGAGAUUCCAGAUUCAUCAAAAGCAGGUGACCAGCUCAAGAAGUCCAAGCGGAAAGGCCGGAACAAGCAAGAACCAGUACUUGUGUCAGAGACCCAGCAGCCAGCAGAAGAGGUUAAAACACCCAUAGAUCUGGUAAAGGCCCAGGAGGCUAAUUCAACAUCCAAGAAAAAGACUAAGUACCUGUCCCUGUACACAAAGGAGGGUGAGGACAGACUUGCUGUCACUCUUCCUGGUCGUCAUCCCUGUGAAUGCUUAGGACAAACUCACCAACUAAUCAAUAACUGCCUGAGUUGUGGCCGUAUUGUCUGCAUGCAGGAGGGAUCGGGUCCCUGCUUGUUUUGUGGAGCAUUGGUCUGUACCAAAGAAGAGCAAGAGAUCCUUGUCCGUGAUUCAAACAAGAGUCAGAAAUUACGCAAGAAAUUGAUGGGGAACGCAGAAAGAGGAGGGAAUCCUGACAUCUUUGAGCGGGAUCUGCUGCCUCAUCAGGAAAUGGCUUUGAAAGCUGGACUUGAAAAAGCUAUUAAACACAAAGACAAGUUAUUGGAAUAUGACAAGACCAGUGCUCGCCGGACCCAGGUAAUUGACGAUGAGUCUGAUUACUUUGCUGCCGAUUCCAACCAGUGGCUGUCCAAACAGGAACGAGAGGCAUUGCGUAAGAGAGAAGAAGAAUUAAGGGAGCUCCGGCAUGCAUCCCGUCGAACAAAACAGAUCACAAUAGACUUUGCUGGACGGAGGAUCAUUGAAGAACAGGGGUCUUUAGAUCAAUAUUAUAGCAGGCUGGAAGAUCUAGUCCAAGAAAUGAAGCCUGAAUCUCAGAAUAACAAUUCCAGUGAACAGGUCAAAAGAAGCAAGCAACACUUGGGCGAAUUGGUUAAUCCCAGUAUUGUUGAAUGUGCUCCCAUUUAUGUAGAACUGACAGGAGCAAGUGCUCAUAGGAGAGGGAUUGAUAAUCACUUGCAGAACAGAGUCAGUGACGUUGCUUCUGAGCGGAACCGUUUGAGGAUUCAGGACCGAGAGCUGUUGGAGAUGUCUGAUCUCGGGAUGUGUCUCAGUAUGCAUCAGCCUUGGGCUUCCCUACUUGUAAGAGGCAUCAAAAGGGCAGAGGGAAGAUCCUGGUACACGUCGCACCGAGGCCGGCUGUGGAUUGCUGCUGCUGCCAAAAGACCCUCACCACAGGAAAUAACCGAGAUUGAGGGGGCCUAUAGGGCAAUGCACGACAGAGACAUUGACUUUCCCAAAGAUUACCCAACUGGCUGCCUGCUGGGCUCUGUGGAUGUGAUAGACUGUGUGUCUCAGGAGCAGUACCGUGAACAGUUUGCAGACCAAGAAUGUGGUUCUCCAUUUGUGUUCAUUUGCACCAAUCCCCAGGAACUACUUGUGAAAUUUCCAAUUAAAGGACGACACAAGAUCUGGAAAUUGGACUUCAAGAUUCAUCAAGCAAUGAAGAAAGGAUUAAUGCGUCAAAAGCAAAUUGCAUAGGAAAAGGAAGCAUACAGGGGAGCAGUCUUGUUCUCUAGUGCUUGGAGGCGAAAAGACCCACAGCUGUGAAUUGACCAGGCCUGUCAUAAAAUCUACAGUCACUCAGCUAAGAAACUAUGAAUGUACUGUCCAAAGAGUCUCCAAUGUAUUUACUGCGACGUGGUGACCCAACAUCAGACAACCCAGAAAUCCAAGAACCUCUGUCUUUAAUAAUACAAUCAGCAUGCAGUUAAAAAAUAACUCCUGUAAUUCAAGGGAAAUGUUGCACAAAAAGCUAAAGCAAUAUCUCCCAAUAAUAUUGUUAGACAAUUACUUUUCUUUUAUGGGGAUUUGAGUCUGUGAAAUUUCUGUAAAUUGAAACAAAAGCCCCUAUUAAGCUUGAUUUGUUUCAUUGAUUAAAGGAGUCAGUGCAAUGUCCGGAAUCUAUUUCUCAAUGGCCCUGCUUUCCAGUAACACAUGAAUUUGCAGUGUUCAUUUCUCUUUAGUUCCAAUCCCUUAUGAAUGAGGGCCAGUGGGUUCAAAGCAGAAUUAUAUGUUGGGCAGUAGGACAGUUUAAUGGUAGCCAUGAAGUCUGGGAUUCAUCAUCGUUGUAUUUCUGCUUAAAAAAAGCUUCCUCGGUAUAUAACAGCUACUGGAAAUGCUGGCAUUUUGUUACUCAUGCCUCUUUGUUCUUGGAAGAUUAUGGUGAGCUGCCUUCUUGAACUGAUGGUGGUGAGCUUCAUUUGGCCAUUUCAUGCCAUUUGGUUCCUCCAGCUUGUGUCAGCUGCCUGCAGAGCAACCCAGUCAAUCCUGUUUCCCUGCUUUAUCUCCAAGUUUCUGGUUAAUUUUCCUCAAAUGCCUAUCCAGUUUCUUUUUGAAAGGCUCGUUGUCUCUGUUUUCAUCAAUUUCAUAGGCAGCAAGUUCCAGGUCAUUAUCACUCAAUGCAUUAAGAUGUUCCUCAUUUCCCCCUCGGAUAACAAAGUGUGAAGC